UCAAAUCGGUCAAAUCCGUCAAAUCGGUCGUGCGUGUGCAUGUGUUUUUGUUUAUCUCGCGAUGCGAGCUGGCGCGAGUGCAAAAUCGUUUUUAUCAAUAUAAAUACUGCUACUGUUUUACUUGCUAGUUAUUACAUUUCGAUCAAAUAAUCGUACAAAAAUCUUCAUUAAUUACCUAGUGAAAAGACGGUGACAAUGGGUGACUAUCUCGGAUCGGUGGCUCUGCCCAGCAUGAAAAUGCGUCAGCGGAAACUUUGUCAAAUUAAGCAACAGCCACGUGCGGCACCCGUCUACAAUGAUUCGAGUAGUUUUGGUGUACGGAUGCUGGAGAAAUUAGGCUGGUCCGAAGGUAAGGGUCUCGGUAAGCGCGAAGACGGUAUGUGUGCACCCAUUUUGCCUAAAAUGAAACAGGACGCGGAAGGAUUCGGUUAUGCCGGAGAGAAGGAUGACCAUUGGACGCAGCACGAUCAGGAUUUUAACCAGCUGUUGAAGUCGUUAAACGGCGAGCAAGCUCCUGUCGCGGACGAGGGGGAUGUGGUAAAAAUGAAGUCCUUAGAGGAGAAGUCUAAAAACUCGCGAGCACGUGUUCACUACAAAAAGUUUACUCGGGGUAAAGAUUUGAGCAGGGCUAGCGAAAAGGAUUUGGCUAACAUUUUCGGAAAGAAAACAUUGGAGGAGGUGAAAAAUCAAUCUCUGGCUAUAGAAGAACCUGUUGAUAAAAAUGUCAAGGAAGAUGAAGCAGAGGAAGACGAAACCAACGUAAUUGGACUAACCACAAUAAAGGCAAGCGUGUCCUUACAAGACUACUUUAAAAUGAAAAUGCAGGAAAAAAUCGGUCAAUCCAAACAAAAUCCAAUAAUUGAACAAGAAACGAUGGAUGAAGUCGAGGAAUCUCCUCCCAAGAAGAAAUCUAAAAAGAACAAAAAGAUCAAGGAAACUGUCCCUGUUGAAUCUGUAGCGAACCCGUUCCCCGAAAAUGUGGCGACAUAUUGUGAAGAAUCUGUCAAGAAGAAGAAAAAGAAAUCAAAGGAAGAAAAUGUGGAGAUUUUUGAAAAAUCGAUGUCAGACGAAGUUGAAGAGCCAAUGCAAGAGGAAGCACCUACGAAAAAAAUGAAACGAUCAAAAACUAAAGAGCAAGAUCAGUGCUCAGAACUUCAUGAAGCUCCGAGUAAAUCAUUAGAUAAGAAAUCUAAAAAAGUGAAGGCACUAGCAAAUGACCUUGCUGUUGAAGUUGAUGAAAUAAUACCAAAUGAGACAUCAGUUACUAAGAAACAAAAGAACAAAAAACGAAAACGCUCCGAUGAAAUGGUUGAUUCGAAUAAACUACCAACUUCAUCAGAUGAAGUGCUUCCUGAAGCUUCCUUUGCGGAGAAAACUAAUGAUAAGGAACCAUCGGAAGAUAACGAGAUUACAUGCCGCGUGAAGGUUAGUGUGUUGAAACAGCUGGACGAGAGCGGAUUUCCCGGAUCUAACUUUGCAGAUAUUGUAGGCUACGGGCUGUCGAAAGAUGUGAAACUAAUCAAGCGAGAAAGUAAACACAAGAAGAGGGUCUUCGAGAGGCAUCAGUUCAUCAGGCAGAAGCAAACCUCGUUUCAGCGGAAGAGGCAGAUGCUGAAGAAGGUGAGUGCAUUCAAGCGAAUAUGAUAUUUAAGCAUGUUUGUAAUAUAUAUUCAGUAGAUUAUGUUUCCA